AUGUACUUACAGAUGUAUUUAAGUAUUUAUUCUGUCUCUGAUUGGAUUAAUGUCAUAUUUCGUGUGUUUUUAUUCUUUUAUGUGUUGUUUUUAUGUAUUUUUAUGGAUUUACAGGAAAGAGCUGUAAUAGCGGCAGUUCAGCUUAAAACAGCUACAUAUACAAAAGAUAGACAGGCGGCAUUAAAAGAAGCACUGGAUAUAGUUAAUGAAGAUAGUUUAAUAGGAGGAACUGAAUUUAUAGAUCCAUUAAUAUCCCUCCUUAUAUGUAACACAGAGGCGUACCCGCCUGAAGUACAGAGUAUAUUUAAGAUUCUUAUUAAGAUAUUCACAGAACAGAAUGGGAGAGAAUUCUCGAAUAUAUUCCUAAGUAAAGUAAGAAUUGAAUUUAUACUUAGACUAAUUACAGGAAGUAUAUCAGAAGAAGUAGAAGACAUAAGAAAUACUGUUUUUAUCCUGAUUAAAUAUAAUAAACCAGCAAUAACCAAAGGAAUAAUAGAAUUAAACCAAAUUGGACAGUUAAUAGAGAAAUCUCUUAUGGGAAAUGAGAUUGUACUGAAUGUUUUAGUAGAAAUAGGCAAGGAUUCCAUUACAUUCAGAAAAUUGCUUAUUUUUAAUGGGUUCAUUGAUGGCUUAAUGAAAUUCGGAUGUGGUAAGAAUAGAACACUUGCUAGAUGUGGGAUUAAAUCACUUGCGGAAUUAAUGAACAGAGACGUAUCAAUUGUGAACUAUUUCUUUGAAAUGCGGUGGAAAGAGUGGAUGGAAUUUACUAUGAAAACUCAUCCAGAGCAUGCCUUAAAGAUUCUCUAUGCAUUCUCUUCCUAUCCAAAGUACACAAAGUAUUUGUCUGAGUUCUCUGAAAUAAUAUUUUCUGGACGGGAUAUGGCAGCACUUUACCUUCUGUCAUUCACUGAAGGAUCAGCUGAAAAAUGGAGUUUUUUUUCUGAAGUGGAUUAUAAUAAAAAUUCAAAUGCACGCUUCUGUCCGUGCAGGUUGAACUUCAUUCUAGGAAUUCAUUCAAAUUUAUCACAGAAAAUACCAAAGAAUAUUGCUGCAGUAAGGAUAGGUACACCAGAAUAUUUCGGAAUAAUUUCAAAUUAUUCAAUAGUUAUUGAUGAUGAGGCAGUGAAUGAAUUACUUAAUGUACUGCCGCAUCUUCCAACAAUUUCACUCACAGACUCACUCUUGGUAAUUAAAACUGCCAUAUGCAUAGGUCUUAGAAGUGGGUCACAGAAAUUAUUCUCACCGGAUGUAUUGCUAACCCUGCGAGAACACCUUCAGAAUGACUUAUUAAUAGAAGACAUUCGCAUUCUUAUUGGGUUCUGGCUGUUCCUGGCGUAUACUAAAAUCAGAAAUACUCCUUCAGUGAUUCACUCUAUUUUCAAUGAUAUUGAGGAGAGUGUGCUGCCGCUUGCAAAGAAACUGCUUACGUCGCUUACACAACCACUGUAUAAUAAAUACUGUGAGGAGAAGGAGUGUAACAGGUGCUAUUUAUUGCAAAUGAAUGUACCAAAUGUAAUACCACACUCAUUAUCACUGCUUGCACAAUUAGUGUGGCUUCCUAAUACGAUGCACUCAUUAGUCCUGUUCACAUUCGCAGAGUUUUUAGACCAGCCAAUAUUACCGCCUGUGCUGGCAGAACCAGUGCAUGUAGAUACAGAGACUAUAGAAGCGCCGAUACCGCAGGAUAAUCUAAGAGAGAUUCCAAAGAGUGAAGACACAGAUAAGUUCACUAAUAAUAAUUCAGAUGAUGGAAUAUACGACUUAUAA